AUGCUCAGCCCGAAACUCGUGCUCGGAAUGUGCCUGGCAUCCCUGUCACUUACGCUGUUUUUAGCUGCCCUCGACAUCGUUAUUGUCGUCACUCUGUACGACGUCAUUUCUAAAAAAUUCAAUGCCUAUGGCGACAUCGGCUGGCUGGUCACCGGUUACUCGCUCCCCAACGCACUGUUUACCCUGUUGUGGGGCCGUUUGUCUGCGCUGUUUGGGCUCAAAACCUGUUUGUCGGCGUCCAUUUUGAUUUUUGAAAUUGGCUCGCUCAUCGUUGCACUGGCCAACUCGAUGUCGAUGCUCAUCGGCGGUCGCGUGAUCUCCGGGAUCGGUGGAAGCGGUAUCCAAUCGCUCGUCUUCGUCGUGGGCACCUCGCUUGUCGAAGAUCGUAACCGUGGCCAGGUCAUCACCGUUUUGGGGCUCGCCUUCAUGAUCGCCAACGCAAUCGGUCCCAUCUUGGGCGGUGCUUUCAGCCAGCACGUGUCCUGGCGCUGGUGUUUCUACAUCAACCUACCGGUAGGAGGUCUGGCCUACGCAAUGCUUCAGUUUUUCUACAAUCCCACCAGCACCUCUUCUCUACAAUCGUUCAACUCGAAAUAUACGGCUGCCAAAAAUUAUCGCUAUUCCAACUUACUGACGACGCAGUUCUGGGCCAAACUAGUUCGCAUUUUCAUAUUCAAGCUCGACUUUGUCGGGUUUGCCCUAAGUUCUGCUGGAUUUGUGCUGUUGCUUCUUGGGCUCACGUUCGGGGGUGAGAAAUAUAAGUGGGGGUCCGGCACCAUUAUCGCCUAUCUCGUCGUGGGCCCCAUCUUGCUUCUUUUAUGGCUGCUUUACGAUUUCAUCAUUCUUCCCUACUUUGGCAGAAAUUUACCCGAGUCUGAACGUGCAGAGCCGCUACUGCCCUGGGAGUCUGUUAAGAUGGUCGGCGCUUUGACGGGCACAAUUGCCAAUUUUUUCGUUUGUUUCGGUUACAACAUGCAACUGAUUUACCUCGUCCAGUUCUUCCAAUUAGUUAAAAACCAAUCUCCAACGGGUGCUAGUCUGCAUAUGUGGGCCUUUCUAGUCCCCGCUAUGGUCGUUAUCAUCGCACAGGGAAAUAUCAACAAAAGGUUUGGUAUCAUCAAACCCGUCGCUGUGCUCGGGGUUGCUCUCGGCACCAUUGGUUCCGGUUUGUUGACUAUGCAAAACGGUUCCACCACUUUAGGCCAAACCAUUGGAUAUUGUAUACUCCCCGGUGCCGGUUUUGCCGCCGUGAUGCAGUCCACCAUGCUAAGCGCUCAAGUGCAGGUAGAGAAAACGGAUCCCUGUUUCCGUCAAAAGUUUAUUGAGCUAACGGCAUUGAACACUUUUGCUAAAGCUCUUGGCAUGGCAUUUGGCGGUAUUAUGGCCACGCUCGUAUUUUCAACCACUGUGAAAGAUAAGCUGAUGCAUGCCGAUUUCCCUGUCCCCCAUUUCAGCAACUCGGCAGAGAUGAUUGCCUAUCGCGAGUCGCACUAUGACGGCGCAACCUCACCACUAGCCAAAGUACUCACCACAGGUGUUCAGAACGUUUUUUAUGCUUCCCUGGGUUGUUUUACCAUAAGUUUCCUCUUCAGUGUUAUCAUGUCCAACAAACGCCUGGUAUUGGGGCCCAAGGCAGGCACCGCCAGCUCUGCGACGGAUGUUGAGCACGAUGCAUGCUCCAUUCACGAAUCUGACGGAGAGAAGAAUGUUAUCAGUAUCAUAAAUUCUGGCAGUAGUGCCAAUGAACCAUCUUCAUGUGGAAAAGAGCAGAAGUCCAAGACCUGA